UGACAUUCCGCGCGCGCAUGCCCAAAACCUCUAACCAAGAUGGUGGUGAAGCGCAACUGAGCUCACAAAAUCUCGCCAAAAAUUGAUAAUUCUCGCUUCUCAUGAGGGAUUUGUAUAACUUUAAAGCUGAAAAACAGAUCUCAUUAGUACAAUUUUGAAACUGGACACUGCAUCACCAUGAGGCCAUCGCGGGUUCUUAAGUUGUUAAUAGUGGCUAGUCUCCUGGUGGCUGCAUUUUUCUACAUUGUAAAAGUCACCAACAAAGAUGAAGAGAUAAGAACUCAUGAUGAGAAGGAGGAUAGGGGUAUUGACUUUGUCGAGGAACACAAGGAGGAGAACAUGGAGCCUGUCAUCAAGGAGGAGCAUGAAGAGAAGAAGCCUGAGGAGGAAUCAUCUCAGCAUGAGGAGGCUCAGCAAAGUGAGAAGUCAGUCAAUCUGUCUGAAAGAAACCCCUCCAGUGUGCAAGAGAUGAGGAGCAUUAUCAAUGAUGUCAACUUUAAUCAGGAGAUCCACAAUCUGGACAAAUUCCCCAAAAGGCCUGAAGAUGGGAUUGUCAUUGUUGUGCAAGUCCACAAUAGGCCAGAGUACCUGGAACAGUUGGUGAAGUCCCUUGGUGCAGCAAAGAGCAUUGAGAAGGCCCUUCUGAUCAUUAGCCAUGAUUACUUCUCAAAGGAGGUCAACAAGAUUGUAGAAAGUAUAGACUACUGCCAGGUGAUGCAGAUUUUCUUUCCGUUUGCACUGCAAUUUUAUCCAGAUGAAUUUCCGGGCCAGGACCCAAAUGAUUGUCCCCGAGACAUUCCUAGAGACAGGGCCCUUGAGAUUGAGUGCACCAAUGCAGCCUACCCAGACAUGUAUGGCCACUACAGAGAAGCACCCUUCACCAUGACCAAGCACCAUUGGUGGUGGAAGGCCCACCGAGUGUUUGAGGGUCUGAAGGCUACACGAGACCACAAAGGUCUGGUCAUGUUUCUGGAGGAAGAUCACAUUGUUUCCCAGGACUUCUACCCUACAAUGGAGCUCAUGGCUAAACUGCAGCAGAGUGAGUGUCCAGAAUGUGACAUCAUCACCAUGGGAUUAUACGACAGGCCAUCUAAUUACCAGUCAGUAGGAGAUAUGGUGGAUGUGAUCACGUGGCAGUCUUCCAAACACAACAUGGGCAUGGCUUACACCAGGGACACAUGGGCCAAGAUCAGGAGCUGUUCAAAGGAGUUCUGCUCGUUUGAUGACUACAACUGGGACUGGACCCUGCAGCACGUGAGCGGCAGGUGUCUGCCCAGCACCCUGACCACCAUGGUCAUCCUGGGACCAAGAGUGUUCCACAUCGGCACAUGUGGAAUGCAUCAUUCCAAUAAGGAUGCAAAGUGUGAGGUGGGUAAGGAGGUAGGAUACGUGGAGGACCUACUGAGGAGAAACAAGCCUUACCUGGACCCCAGCGGCCUGUACAUCAAACAGCGCUUUGACAAGUCUGCUGUCAUUAAGACAAUGAAGCCCAAUGGAGGCUGGGCAGACCCACGUGACAAAAGGCUGUGUAUGAGCUACGCCAAGAUGCAAAUGGUUGGACAGAAUGACACUUGAUUCCAGCAUUGUUUGAUUAGAGUUUUAUAUAUAUAUAUUAUAUACAAAAUAUAUAUAUUCACCAUCUUGCAAGAACUUUGUACCAAUUUUUUUUAAAGCUGAAGCUUGAUUUUGUCUUGUCAAUUGUCAAAUUGUUAAAUUUGGAACUGUUUGUGUAUCUACAAGAUCCUUACUCAAUUAAAAGUAUUGUUUGGAAAGGAAAACUACAACAGUGACUGAUAUUGCUUAAUGACAUUCUCUCCAAACAAAAUAUUUUACUAACCUCACUCCACUGGUGCCAAAAAGGGGGCUGAUUUUUUUUUCUAAUUACUAGUAACCUACAUACCGGUAAUAUUCUGUUACUUUACAAGUUUAAUCAUGAUUUCUACCACUACUGUUCUAGAAAAUUAUGGGACAAAUCAGGAAAGGUGUUGAAGAGUAAAUAAUUUUUCAGGUGUACAGUCCCUUAUAUAGUGAAGGCUUCACUGUGCUGUUAUUUUCAGUUAGCUUUCACAACAACUGAUGCAAUUUUUAAAAUUACUUUUACACUGAUUUUUCCUGGUCUGUUUUUACUUUUAGCAAAGUGUAUUGCUCUGAUGUCCAGCCUGUACAGAUGCAAUAACAAUUGAAUUAUGCAUGUUUGUUACAACCCAAAUGACAGGUAUUAUUUAUGGUCUGCAGCAGUAAUUUAAUGUAGUUUUUGUCAAAGUAAACUCUUAGAUGAAAAGUCUAUGUCUAUGUAAGUGUCUUGAUACCUUUUUGGAGAAUUUUGACUUUGGACAAGUGUGGAUUGCCCAAACCCACUUUUUCUGAAGUGAUCAUACCAAAAUUGCUUUACACAGCUGCUUAGAUAAAACAGUUGCAUAAAGCUGUUCAACUUGUUCAUAUCUGUGUUAGUUCCUUCAUGAUUCGUCAUAGAGUUAUGAAAUACCACAUUUGUGGAGGGAGCGGGGAAUAUCCUGAUUAAAAAUGAGGUGGGUAUUUUCCUGAAGUUGUCUGAUAUCAUUCAAAAGUCAACCCUGGAGCUGCAGUAAGUGUUGCAAGUAUAUCCCAGACUUACAUGUAAAUGGACUCUAGUUGCCUGCAGUAGGAAGAGUAGGAGUGUGCCAUAGAAGUCCUUGUGUAUGAAUUUUAGAAAUUGAAAAUUUGGAACUUUGAAAGGAUGAAUUUUUGGCCAGGAUUGAAUGAAGUCAGAUCUAUUGUGCUUGUUGGGUACUAGUAUUUGACCUCUCCAACCCCCAAGUUGAAGCUAUAUAUACACAGUAUGCGUCGUUCCUGUGCACCUUUGUGUUGGUCUCAACAGCAUUGGUAUCAACCAAAUGUGACUAGGAGUUUAAACUGCAUAUUUUUGAAUGUGAUGAUGUAUGACACCGGUGGCCUUGUGUAACCCAAAGUCUUUCGCCUUGUUGUUGAGCUGUUUCAGGGUGUUGUAUGUUAUGUGUUGUUACGUUUGUCUUGCUAACAUGUAUACGUAUGUAUAAAUGAUGUAUAGCUGCAUGUGUACCUUAUAUACUCACUAUCUAACCCUUGAGAGGAGGAUACUUGUUUGCAUGUUUUAUAAUUUUGUUUUAUUCAUUUAGAAAAUGCGAUCUAGUUACAAAAUUUCAAUAUUAGGUAAUUCAACUAAUUAAUAAGUCACCAAUUUUUUAAAUUGUACAUAGCUCAGUCAGACCCAUAACUUUUAUGUUCAAGUUGAUGUUCAGUAAACUAUUGCCUGUGACCAACCACUAGGAUUAUUGCAAAAUGAUUGUAAUUACUAAAGUGUUCUUGCUGCUUUAAACAAUGAAUGCAAUGAUUUAUGUAAUUAGGUUAUCUGGAUGUCACUAUAAUGUCCAUGUUUUUGAGCCUGUUAAGAACUUGUAAUUUGUCCUUGAGUGCUUUGUUAGGGGCAUGAAGGCCACUGCUUGUUAGGGACGCGAAGGCCACUGCUUGAUGCAAGGACUUUUGUAAUUAUAUGAAAGAUAUUUGAUAAACUGUUAUGAAUGAAAAUAAAAAUUUUGUAAAUG